GCCGGGGAGCGGGGCGGGGGUCGGGGCCGUUCCCGGUGCGCGGGGUUUGUGUUGCCGUCGGUGCCGCGGAGCGCUCCCGGAGCGCGGCAUUCGGGAUCGCUGCCGAUCUUGGAGAAGCCCCCGGUGCGCGGGGGGACGGGAACGCCGGCGGCGCGGUGCCCGGUGCGGUUCCUCGCCCUGCGGAGCCGCGUCCGUGCGCUGCGGGGCUGCGGGGCGCUCCCUCGGGGCGGGGCGCGGUGCGGGGACCGCUGCUCGGCCGGCGUCUGCGUUCCGCUCCCGUCGUUCGGCUGCGGGCAGAGCGCAGCCGUGAGCCCCGCACCGCCCCGAGCUGCCCGCACGGCUGCGGGAGGCGUUGCUGCAAAACUCGGCGGGCGCGGAGCUCUGCGCCCCGCCGGUGGAUUUGGCCGCAGGAGGUGCUCGGGGCGCGGGGUGGCACCGGCGGACGGCCGCCCCGCACCGCCCCGCACCGCUCUGACCCCGCGGCUCCGCACCGCUUCUACGCGCCUUUCGCUGCGGGUUUUGGGUUUGGUUUUUUUUUUCGCUCUUAGCCGAGGGAAAAAAGAAAAAAAAACAACUUUGCAACUUCCCUUCGGUGUCACGGAGCCGCCGCCGCUUCAUUUUGUUUUCUUAAUUUGGGGUCACGUGCGCCUUGACAGUGCCUUUGAAUCUGAGCGAUGGUUUCGUCUCCAGCUCAGAAGGAGCUCCGGAGCUCUUCCCUCCGUUGUUUUCCCUCUGUUCGGGAACAAAGAGAGAUUUUUUUUUCUUUUUUUUCCCUUUUCCUCCACCUUUAACUCAAAGGAAUCUCAAUUCCCCGCUCCUUUGUCGAGCGACUCGAGGACCGACCGCCGCCGUUCCGCUCCGGGCGCAGAGAUGCUGCGGAGCCGUCCGGGAAUCGCACAGCGGGCACAGAGCAGCAGCGGGGGGCAGCGCUGAGAGCCCCGGCAGCCGCAGCCCCGCUGUGCCACUCGGGUGAGGAUCCGCACCUCCACAGCCCCGGCUUUGGGGGCCGCGUCGGUUUGGCUUGAGCGGAGCGCUGGGGCUGCGUUUCCCUCCGUUUCCGUGACGGGGGAGGCGAUGGGGGGCACGUUCUGUUUUGUCAGUGUGCACAUAGGGAGGAGGAGGCGGAAUGUUUUCCUAUGGGGCUGGGUGCUGCCGUGGGGCUGGGUGCCGGUGUGCGGUGCGGUGAGGCCUCGUGUGGGUGCAGGGUUUGAUUUGUUGAGGAGUUUGAGGGUGGAGGAUGCAAAAAUGCACCGGUGCUGUGCUUGGCCCCGGUGCUGCGUGCGGUGCGAGGGUCGGGGGCUCGGGGCACUGGCAGCCCAGCGUGUGCUGUGCUGUGCUGUGUGCACCCUUCUUGCCUUCACUGUGACAACGAGUGGUCGGCUCCACUCAGCUCACGCUCAGAGCCCCACAGGGAUGCGCUGGGUGCUGUAGGACCCCAGGAGGAGAGGAGCCCAUGGCACAAGGGGGGCACUGAUUCAGCCCCUGGCUGGACGGGUGCAGCUGUGGCACAAGCACGGUUUUGAGCAGCUCAGGGCCUGAUCCUGCAGGCAGCACUGGGAGCUCGGUGCAGAACUGGAGUGUCCGCAGCGCUGGGAUGGAGGCUGAGCUGGCGGUGCUGCCCCUGCCCGGGUCUGGGCUUAUUUUUGGAUUUCCUGGUGCUUGUUUGCUGCCUCCCCUCCCAGCCCUCUCGGCCUCCCCAGGGGCAGCCCCACCUUGACGAGCCCGCAGCUUCCCUUCGGAAGAUGCUGACCAACGUUUCCAGAAAGCAUCCAAAGGAUUUCCUGUUUAUUUUGCAAAAUUCUCAUUAAUAUUUUUCUUUUUUUCCUGCCUUUAUUGCAUUAAAUCUUGCACGGGUGAAAUUGCCUUGAGAUGGAGCCUGCGGUUAAAGAGAGACAAAGAGUUGGAGACGCAGCAGCCUGGAGGCUGUGGGGGUGCUUUGCUGGACCCCCCCGGAGCCGUCCUCAUCCCAGUGCUUGUAGGGCCACGUGUGCCACUUGUAGGGACAAGACCACCCUUGGACACUGCAGAAAAGAUGGCACAGAGCGUUUUAACCUGAGGCUGAUACUAUGACCCCACCGUGUGCCAAUCCCCGUGGCACAGGGACGUGGUCAUUGCACGGGGAUGUGGCUCUGUGGUGGUGCCCAGACCCCUGGCACUGGAAUAUGGCCGUUGCAUGGGGACGUGGCCCCAUAGUGCGUCUGUGGUCAUCGUAUGGGGAUUUGGCCCUGCAGCGUGCCAGUAUCCACUGCACAGAGACAUGGCCAUGGCAUGGGGAUGUGGCCCCAUGAUGUGCCCAUACCCACUGCACGGGGAGGUGGCCCUUUGAUGUGCCCUUACCCAUGGCGCUGGGAUAUGGGCACGGCACAGGGAUGUGGUUUGCAGCCGUGGAGACCUCCAGUCUGAGCAACGCUUUGCAGAGCUCAGCCCCACACGUGCCCACGCUGGUGCUGUUUGCUCGCGGUGUUUAGAGAGUCUAUUUAAAUCCCAGGUGCACAGACAGCUGGGGAACGGCACGGGGUGGGGGUGCCACGUCCUCCUACAAACUGCUGGUGGUGGGGCACAGCUCUGGGCGGUGGGGCAGAGUCCGUCCCGUGCUUCCCCAGCACUGGAUGGGUCGGGUUCACAGCUGGAGAAGCACGGGGACACGGGACCCCGCUCGGUCCCACGCUGAGUCACGCGCUCCGGCGCUCAGUCCCGAGACGCUUUUCCAGGCAAAGGCUGAAACGCACAAAAUGUUCGACUUGUAAAAUAUGUAGCGUGAGAAAAUAGCCUUUUCUGCUCUCCUCCUCGCCGCCGCCGCUCCCCCUGCCCCAUCUGCUCGCUUGGAACGCCGCCCGAAGCCCGGGGGGGGGCCGCGAGAGCGAUGCAGCUGACGGCACGGGGGUCACCCGGUGAUCAGCGCCGCGCUGGGGAGCGGUGCCACCCCGCAUCCAUCACAGGGCGCGCCGCCGCUGCGUCGGGUCCGAGGGGAUGAUGCACGGGGAAAGCAUCCUCCUUCCUCCCUGCCUGCGUCUGCUGGCGUCUCUCCCCACUCUGGGUGCGUUGCGGGGGGAUGCGGCCGUUCCCAGGGUAUGGGGGGAGGAGGGUUUGGAGCCGGGCGUCACGGGGAGGCCAUGGGAAAUACCCUACGAGGAACCCGGGAGGGAGCCGAAAUCCCCGGAGCUGGCGACGAGCCAUUGUUUUCACCAGCCACCUUAAUCCAUCAUUAUCUGGGCAUAUUUCGGAUCCUUGCCAAGAGCAAGGUGGGAAGGGGGGGCUGCGAGCAUGCUUUCCCUAUUCCCCUGCCAUCCUUUUUGCUGCCUGUGUGUAAUUAACAGAGUAAUUAAAAACAGGAUGAGUUAAUUGGUAUUCAUUUAUGUGGCAGAUGUUUUUAAUUGAGAUACGAAACAAUUUACCUGUUUACAUAAACAAUAGCAAAUGAAGGCUUGUAAAACAGAGAGGGCUUUUUCUUGUGGGGUUGGGGCUUUUUUUCUUUUUUUUUUUUUUUUCUUUUUUUUUUUUAAGGAAAAUCAGAAUGCCCUCCUUCCCUCCAUCCCUCCUUCCCUCUCUCACUGCGCUGGCUGGGAGCUGUGUUUGGGUUGGAUUGGUUUGGGUUUCAAAGAGAAGUGCCCAGGGAUUGUGGGCACCCCGUGGUGCUGGUCUGGUGCAGCCAGGCUGGGAGCUGCCAUGGGGGCACCUCACUUUCAAUCUGCCAGCCCAGAGGUGUGCAUCCACACCCUGCCACUGUUCUGGGAUCCCAUUGCAUCUCUGCAAAACCCUUUUGGAUGUGGGAUUAGCUCUUUGGUCAGCAGCAUCCUUCCAGCACCAUGAUGUCCUCACUGGUGGUCACGGGUGGGACUUUUCCCCAUGCUUGGGCUGUGUUCUAGAGCUGAUGGCAGCACUGGGGAAGGUUUGGCUUGGUGAGCAUCCCUGUGAGUAUCUCCACGAGCAUCCCAAUCAGCAUUCCCAUGAGCAUCCCCAUGGACAUCCCCAUGAGCAUCCCUAUGGGCAUCCCAACGAGCAUCCCCAUAGCCCGUGACCCCAGCUGCUCCCUGAGGUGCUCCCCGGGAUGGGAUACUCAGCACCCCCAUAGCCAUUUUCUGCACCAGGAAGGCAGCAGGGUGGCUGUGCCCCCACGUCCCCACGUGCAUUCCCCCGACCCCUGCCUGCUCGCACACGUGGAGCUGCCGCCGGCUCAGCGCUGCCCUAACGCACUCCAGAUGGAGCAGCUCCGGCCCUCGCAGUCCUAUCUGGGAGUUGUUCUUGGCCCCCGUGGCACCAGCAGCUGAGCAGCAGGAAUGCUUUCCUUUGUUUGGGAGGCAGCCUGGCUUCGGGAGACGUCGCCUCCAGCAUCUGGAUUUCAUUUGUGGCCAUUUGGAGAGCAUGAAAGAUGCUGUUCUUUUAAUUCCCUUUUAACCCCUUCAUCGCCGACAGCUCUCUGGACCAGCUCCGUGCCGGGGGAUGCAGAGGGGGUGCAACCACCCCGUGUGCUGUGCAGCCCCUGUAGGUACGGCCCUGCUGUCCUUGUCCCCAGCUGCCCCAUUGAGCAGAGGGACAGCUGCAUUGCAUGAUGCUUGCAGUGGUGGCACAGCCAUCACCCAGUGGGGACCGUGCCCAGCCCAGCGUGCUGGGGGUUAAACCCUGCGGUGUGACAAAUGGGGUUUGGGGGCACGGGGGUCCGGCAUCCCAUUCCCAGGGGGGAGGCAGGGUGGGGUGCGGCGGCGGAGAAAAGACUAAUCCUUUUAUUUUUAUAUUAUUACUUAUUCAUCUGGGCUGCGCUGAGCCUAAUGGAAACCAGAUGUAGGAAAACAGACACAGCCCCAAGCGGCUGGGACAAAUUACCCCAAAGGAAAAAAAAAAAAAAAAAAAAAAAAAAGAAGAAGAAAAAAGAAAAGAAAAAAGAAUAAUAAAAUGGGGAAAAAAAUUCCAGCGGAGGUUUAGUGGUGCUGGGGAAGCACUACCACGUUUGGGGACAGAGUGUGAGCACCGCCUGGUGACCCCUGGGAGGGCCAGAGGGACACGUGGCAUGCUGCGGGAUGCUGUCACUGGGGGGACACUGGGGGGCAAAGGUUGGGGUGUGCAGAGGGAGAGGCAGCGUCCUGCCUUCACCCUGUGGGGACAGUGCCACCCAGCAUUGCUUUGGGCAUUUCUGGGCUCCAGUGCUGAGAAAUGCCACAUUCUGGGGCCGUCUCUUACUCCCGUGCUCACGCGGUGGUGUUUGGACUGCGAACACAGCAGGAAAAAUUUAUGGCUUGGAGAGGAGGGGGAAGAAAAGGAAAGAAAUCACACGCCCAGAUGCAGCGGUUCCGCGGGUGUUUGUUCAGCUUCGUGGAAACUCUCCUCCCGGUGGGGAGUGUGGAACAGCCGUGUUGGCGCCGCGAUUCUCCGGCGUGGAGACAGGGCUGGAUGGGGACAGGGCUGAAUGGCCACCCCGUGCCAGACGAGUGUUGCUGGGCUCGGUGCCAUCUCCAGGGCCGCCCCCUGAGCCCCUCAUCUCACCCCGUUUGCCCUCGGGGCUGGGUGCCGCUCUGCUGUCCAGAUGCACCACACGUCCGUGCAUCGUCCCACCGCCCCGCACAGUGCGCGAGGUGCCGUGCCCCACGCUCCCACCCCGCUUUGGGGCCUGGAGACACCCCAGAAAGACCCGUGGUCCCCGUUGUGCCGUACCCACCCAGGUGCCGCUCACCACCCGCCCUGUCCCCGCAGACCCCGCCGCACCACGGGCCGCCACCAUGCCCGACUCGCCGGCCGACGUCAAGACGCAGCCCAGGUCCACGCCGCCCAACAUGCCGCCGCCGCCGCCCGCCGUCACGCAGGGAGCCACGCGUCACCCCUCCUUCACACCCAGCACCAAUCGAGACGCUGUCCCUCCGACGUUUCUUCCUCGCGGCCGUUUUCAUGGUUGCUUGAAAUGGUCGAUGGUCUGUCUCUUGAUGAACGGCAGCAGCCACUCGCCCACCGCCAUCAAUGGGGCCCCGUCCACCCCCAAUGGGUUCAGCAAUGGGCCGGCCACCUCCUCCAGCGCCUCGCUGUCCACCCACCAGCUCCCACCAGCCUGUGGAGCCCGGCAGCUCAGCAAACUCAAGCGGUUCCUCACCACCCUGCAGCAGUUUGGCAAUGACAUCUCGCCUGAGAUUGGGGAGCGGGUGCGCACCCUCGUCCUGGGGCUUGUGAACUCCACGCUGACCAUCGAGGAGUUCCACGCCAAGCUGCAGGAGGCCACCAACUUCCCACUGCGGCCCUUUGUCAUCCCCUUCCUGAAGGCUAAUCUGCCCCUGCUGCAGCGUGAGCUGCUGCACUGUGCCCGCAUGGCCAAGCAGAGCCCGGCGCAGUACCUGGCACAGCACGAGCAGCUGCUGCUGGAUGCCAAUGCCUCCUCACCCAUCGACUCCUCCGAGCUGCUCCUGGAGGUCAGCGAGAGUGGCAAGAGGAGGACACCAGACAGGACCAAAGAGAACGGUUUGGACCGCGACCCCCUGCACCCCGAGCACCUCAGCAAGCGGCCGUGCACCAUGAGCCCGGCGCAGCGCUACAGCCCCAGCAACGGGCUGAGCCACCCCCCCAACGGGCUGCCCCACCCCCCCGGCCCCCCGCCCCAGCACUACCGCCUGGAGGACAUGGCCAUGGCACACCACUACCGCGACGCCUACCGCCACGCCGACCCCCGCGAGCGCCCACGGCCCGCAGUGCACGGGGCGCGCCAGGAGGAGGUGAUCGACCACCGGCUCACCGACAGGGAAUGGGCAGAGGAGUGGAAGCACCUCAACAACCUGCUAAACUGCAUCAUGGACAUGGUGGAGAAGACGCGGCGGUCGCUGACGGUGCUGCGGCGGUGCCAGGAGGCCGACCGUGAGGAGCUCAACCACUGGAUCCGCCGCUACAGCGACGCCGAGGACAUGAAGAAAGGCAGCCCCCCCUCCGCCCGCCCCCACAACAGCUCCUCCAGCUCCGAGGCACCCCAGUUAGAUGUGCACCGGGAUUUUGCACCGCGGCCGCUCUCAGGUUACAUGCCUGAGGAGAUCUGGAGGAAGGCUGAAGAAGCCGUGAACGAGGUGAAGCGGCAGGCCAUGUCCGAGCUGCAGAAAGCUGUGUCGGAUGCUGAGCGCAAAGCCCACGAGCUGAUCACCACUGAGCGCGCCAAGAUGGAGCGGGCGCUGGCUGAGGCCAAGCGGCAGGCAUCCGAGGAUGCCCUCACAGUCAUCAACCAGCAGGAGGACUCCAGUGAGAGCUGCUGGAACUGCGGGCGCAAAGCGAGCGAGACCUGCAGCGGCUGCAACACCGCCCGCUACUGCGGCUCCUUCUGCCAGCACAAGGAUUGGGAGAAGCACCACCACGUCUGCGGGCAGACUCUGCAGGGGCUGCCGGCCCCCUCCGCCCCUACAGCCGUGGGGCAGCCCGAGGCGGUGCCCCCCAUGGCCAGCAGCCCCAGCGACGCGGGUUCAGCUGGCGCAUCUCGUGCCGGCACGCCGGGCACCCCGGCCCCACUGGAGAGUGCAUCGCGCUGAGCGCGGACUGACGCCCAUGGCAGCUCUCUGCUCCCAUACUGGGUGACCUCCGAACCGACCUCGAGCUCUCAGAUAAUCCUCACGGAUCCUCAAACUGGGCUUUACGUGGAGUUAAGGCAAAUACCCAUCGUUCUCUGUUCUCUCUUCGGUCUUUGUUUUUUUGGCUUUUUUUUUU